AUGUUCGGCUCAGCCACCCGAUCUGCUCAGCGAGCCGUCUCGCAAGCCGUUCGCGCCGGAGCCCUCCCCCGCCAGCAGCCGCUUGCACCGCACUUCUUCUGCGUCGCUGCCGCUUCGUCGUCCAGGAUGGCCUUCUCCACUUCGCAGAGGUGGGCCAAUGCCAAGACCGAGCAGGUCAAGGACGAGCAGAAUGCCGCCUCGGGUGAGGCCAUGGGUGCCACCGACAACAAGUCGGCCGACGGCGCCGACGCCGAGGGUCUCCAGGCCCAGCUCAAGGACAAGGACGCCAAGAUCAAGGAGCUCACAGAACAGAUCCUUUACGGCAAGGCCGACUACCAGAACUUGCAGCGGCGUUCGCAGGAGGAGAAGUCGCAGGCCGGCGACUACGCUGUCACCAAGCUCGCAAAGGACCUCACGUCGUCGAUCGACAUUCUUGCGCUCGCGCUGAGGUCGGUCCCUGAGGAGCUCCGGACGGCGCCCAAGGACCUCGACCCCAAGGAGCCGCGACGCGUGAUCGCCGACCUCUACUCUGGCGUCGAGCUGACCUCGAAGAGCAUGCUGGACAUGCUGCGCACGCACGGAAUCACCCAGUUCGACCCCACCGGCGAGAAGUUUGACCCCAAGCUGCACGAGGCGCUCUACCAGGCGCCCGUGCCCGGCAAGGAGUCUGGUACGGUGCUCGAGUGCAGCAAGCUCGGGUACAAGAUCAAGGACCGCCUGCUCCGUGCCGCCGAGGUCGGCAUCGUCCAGUAA